AUGGAAGCUCCCCAGUUAUCCCUCGCAACAUCGCAGUCAAGAAAAUCCGUGAAUAGAUUGAAGUAUCAAUACCACAAAUUACGACUGUUGACAAGGAUAAGAACGGGAACAAUGAAUAUGGUGGGGACGCUGCUAGAUUUGCUAAGAAUCGAUGAAGUAGAAAUGGACGUUAUUUCCAGUGUUUAUGAGUUGGGAAGGACAUUUGAGAUGUUGGUCCAAAACGACGAAGAUUAUCAAUCCUCGGAAGCAAAAGUAUCAUAUACCUUUCAUGGGCGGAAUUCAGCUGAAUCCUGGGGGCUUUUUGGAGCGUAA